UCCUGACAUUACUCCUUUUGAGGGUAUGGCUUCCGGAGUUGGGGCCUUGGCUCGACAUCUUCCUGCCGGAAGCCCGGCCAUAUUUUAUUGUAUCCAUUCACUUGUUGAAAAAGCUAAAAAAUUAUGCAUAGAAGACAUCGCUCAGCAGACUGAUACGUGGAAGAAUUGGCAAGGAGAGUCAGAGGCUUGCAAGAAACUUCUGGAUUUGCUUCUACGGCUUAUUUCCCUGGUUGACAUACAGGUACUACCCGACUUGAUGAAGUUGUUGGCACAGCUGAUUGUGCAGCUACCAAAAGAUGGCCAGAUUAUGGUUCUGAAUGACUUGUAUUCGCUAGUUGCAGAAUCCGAUGAUGUUACUCGCAAGCCCACAUUAGUUUCAUGGUUACAAUCAUUGUCUUACCUUUGUUUUCAAUUUAGCACGGAAAAUUUUGUUGGAAGAAAUUCGGAAUUAGGAGGAUGAAAAGAAUAGAGAAUGCAGAAAGAAGGGUUUGAGGCGUA